AUGGCAAAGAACAAUCUCACCACAGUCACUGAGUUCAUCCUUAUGGGCUUCACGGACCACCCCAAGUUGAAGGUUCCCCUCUUCCUGGUGUUUCUGUGUUUCUAUCUAGUCACUCUGCUGGGGAAUGUGGGGAUGGUCAUUCUGAUUCAAGUUCAUGUCCCACUACACACCCCCAUGUACUUUUUCCUCAGCCACCUUGCCUUCUUGGAUGCCUGCUACACCUCAGUCAUCACCCCUCAGAUCCUGGCCACUCUGGUCACAGGCAAGACUAUCAUUUCUUAUGGCCAGUGUGUUGCCCAGUUCUUUUUCUUCACCAUUUGUGCAGGGACAGAGUGCUUCCUGUUGGCAGUCAUGGCCUAUGACCGCUAUGUGGCCAUUAGAAACCCACUGUUUUACACCGUGGCCAUGAACCCCAGAGUCUGCUGGAGUUUGAUAGCAGGAGCCUACGCGUGUGGUGUUUCGGGGGCCAUCCUGCGUACCACAUGUACCUUCAGCCUCUCCUUCUGUGAUGACAAUCAGAUCAACUUCUUCUUCUGUGACCUCCCGCCCCUGCUGAAGCUUGCCUGCAGUGACACAACAAAAGCUGAGAUUCCCAUUAUCUUUGGCAACUUUGUGUUCCUGGUCAACACUUUGAUCAUCCUGAUUUCCUACGUGCUCAUCAUCAAGGCCAUCUUGAGGUUGAAGUCUUCGGGGAGCAGAGCCAAAACCUUCUCCACCUGUGUCUCCCACCUCACCGCUGUCGCCCUUUUCUUUGGGACUCUCACCUUCAUGUAUCUACGGAUUGGCUCAGACAAAUCCUUGGAGGAGGAGAAGGUUGUAUCUGUUUUCUACACUGUGGUCAUCCCCAUGCUGAAUCCUCUGAUCUACAGCUUGAGAAACAAGGAUGUCAAAGUGGCCUUCAAAAAGGUCACUGGAAAAUUCCAGGUGUCCCACAGUACGUAG